GCACAUGGGUGUACUUGUAACUUACAAAACCGACGCGUCGUAUCCAUUUCGGCGGAGUCCAUCCUGGCAGCACAAAAACGGCAGUUGGCACUUGGCGGGCGCACCCAGGAAACCACAGUUUCCGGGCGCACCCAGUAAACCGAAAAAUGUAAUAAGACUCCACUCUCUUCUCUUCUUUUCUCUUUGUACGUUGGCCAACUUUUUCUUCUACUAAAUUCCACUCGACAGUGAACUAAAGAGAGAUAGGGAGAUGGUGACGCUGCUAGUAGCGACGAGUCUUGAUCCGGCUUCAAUCAACCCGGCUAAUGCGCUUCUCGCCAUGCCCGGAUGGCAACCUCUUCCUUCUUUACAGGAUAUGAAGAGUUUUUCGAAUCAAGGAGUGAGAAUGCUUGUACACGGGAACAGUAUAAUCCGAGAGGAUCACUUGGAGAAACGGUGGGAGGAUGCCACAGGCGAAGUUGUCGAUGAAGUUAUCUUCUUUAGUAAACACACUGCUGUCUCUAAUAGACCCGCCCUCACUGUGCACCCUAUUGGGGUCCCUCAUUUGCGCGAAGGGGAUGUUGCUCCUCAAGGUGGCAAGCCUGGAUGGGCUGCGCCACCCAAUCCUCGAAUUGGACCAUGGCUCAGGCUCUUGAAAAGGAUUGCAGAGUCUCAUAACUUAGUUCCUGAGUUUGAGAUUACUUUAGAAGGCACUCAUCAUGGACCAGAAACAAAUAAGCCCACCAUGUUUUUGGAAAUUGGUAGCACAGAGGAGUACUGGAAGAGGCAGGAUGCUGCUCAAGUUAUGGCUCAGCUAGUUUGGGAAGGACUUGGACUUGGAGGGGAAGCUGAUGUGGGAAACUGGAGCAGGGAGAAUGAUAAGAAGAGAGUCCUCAUUGGGAUUGGUGGUGGGCAUUAUGCACCUCGGCACAUGGAUGUUGUUCUGAAAGAUGGUGUAUGGGUGGGUCAUCUACUUUCAGGAUACUCUCUGCCAAUGGAAGAUCCUAACCAAUCAAAGGUGGAGAAAAGUGUUGAAAUUGGUGGGACUUGGAGAGAGGCAAUAAAAGCAGCAUUUGAGGCAACAAAAUUGGCAUUUCCUGGGGGGGAAAUUCUUGCACACCUUGAUCACAAGAGUUUCAAGGGCUGGCAGAAGAAUGCCUUAACAGGUUUCUUGGGUGAACAAAACAUUAAGAUUGGCAAACCGAAUGAUUUCUAUUGAAUUUGAAACUAUGCUGAGUUAGAUUCUUUCCCCAUAAAAAGUAAUAGGCAAUGGCAGACGACUGAUGGGCAGUCGACAGAAUGAGCCUGCAGUUGUGAGACAGAUUCUAAUGAUUUCAUAGCAAGGAUGCUGGGUAGUCUGAUUUUGUUACAUAUUGGUUUCCAUAAUGUGCACUCAGAGUGUCUGGCAAACUAAUUUUGAUGGAUCAUGUUUUCCAUCUUUUUUCUAUGAUGUAUUAGACUUUGAUUAGUUGAAUGAAUGUUCAUUAUUCAAAAUAAAUAAAUAAAUGGAUGUAACCUGCUUUAUAUUUGGUUUUAA